AUGGUUUAUGAGAACAAGCCGUUUGAUCCGAUUACGGUCAGACCCAACGAGAAGAAGAGGGUUGCAUACUUCUACGAUGCAGACGUCGGGAACUACGCGUACGGCGCGGGCCACCCAAUGAAGCCGCACCGAAUAAGAAUGGCACACUCCUUGAUCAUGAACUACGGCCUGUAUAAGAAGAUGGAGAUAUACCGGGCCAAGCCUGCAACGAAGCAGGAGAUGUGCCAGUUCCACACGGAUGAGUACAUCGAUUUCUUGUCGCGUGUGACCCCGGACAACUUGGAGAUGUUCAAGAAGGAGAGUGUCAAGUUUAAUGUGGGGGAUGACUGCCCUGUGUUUGACGGGCUGUACGAGUACUGCUCCAUCUCUGGGGGUGGAUCCAUGGAGAGCGCCGCGAGGUUGAACAGAGGGAAGUGCGAUAUUGCGAUAAACUACGCUGGAGGGCUCCAUCACGCCAAGAAAUCAGAGGCCUCUGGGUUCUGCUACUUGAACGAUAUCGUCCUUGGUAUCAUCGAACUGUUGAGGUACCACCCGCGUGUACUGUACAUUGACAUCGAUGUUCAUCACGGAGACGGGGUCGAGGAGGCAUUUUACACCACUGACAGAGUCAUGACCUGUUCGUUCCACAAAUAUGGUGAAUUCUUCCCGGGUACCGGUGAGCUCAGAGAUAUUGGUGUUGGCAAGGGUCAAAACUACGCCGUAAAUGUUCCUCUAAGAGACGGUAUUGACGACGCUACGUAUAGGUCGGUAUUCGAACCCGUCGUGGGGAAAAUCAUGGAAUGGUACCAGCCCUCUGCUGUAGUCCUGCAAUGCGGGGGGGACUCUCUGUCGGGAGACCGUCUCGGUUGCUUUAACUUGUCCAUGCAAGGCCACGCAAGCUGCGUUAACUACGUCAAGUCGUUCAACAUCCCCAUGAUGGUUGUCGGGGGUGGCGGUUACACCAUGCGGAAUGUCGCAAGAACUUGGUGCUUUGAGACAGGACUUCUCAAUAAUGUCGUCUUGGAUGCGGAGUUACCGUACAACGACUACUACGAAUAUUAUGGACCAGACUACAAACUGGACGUCAGACCCUCAAACAUGUUCAACGUCAACACCCCUGAGUACUUGGACCAUAUCUUAUCGUCCAUCUACAAAAACUUGGAAAAUACAAAAUAUGCACCAAGUGUACAGCUCAACCAUGUACCGAGAGACCCAGAAAACCAUGGCGAUACGGAAGAGGAUACUGCAACCGCCAAAGAUACUAAGGGAGGGUCGCAGUAUGCACGAGACCAAAUAAUAGAGCCCGAUAACGAGUUUUACUGA